AUGUCGAAAGAAGCGAAAAAAACUGACCUUAAAGAAUCAAAUAUUUAUAUUGAUUGGUUAGAAAAAUCAAUUAACGAUGAAUACAUCAACUAUUACAAUUAUUUAGAAUUUAAAAAUUUAAACCCGUUAGGAAGUGGUUCAUAUGGAAGAGUCUUUCGUGCUAAUUGGAAAAAUACCGAUGGAAUUUUCGCAUUAAAAACUUUCAAUAAUGAUAAAAUAACGCUUAAAGAAAUUGUUAAUGAGAUAAAAUUACAUAAAGAAUCGAUUGCUAAUGAAAAUAUUUUACGAUUUUAUGGUAUCACAAAGAUAGAAACUGAAAAAAAAUAUUCAUUAGUUUUGGAAUAUGCAGAUAGCGGUACACUAAAUAUUUACUUAAAUUUGCAUUUUAAUGAACUCGAUUGGAACGACAAAUAUCAAUUAUCACUUCAGCUAGCAAGUGCAGUAGCUUUUUUACAUGAGCGUGAUAUUAUUCAUCGUGAUUUGCAUGCUGAUAAUGUACUUAUACAUCAAAAAAAGAUAAAGUUAGCAGACUUUGGAUUAUCAAGGAAAAUUGCUAAGGCGUCAAGUAAUGCAUCAAAAAUAUUCGGUGUAAUACCUUUUAUUGACCCAAAAAAGUUGAAUGAUCAAGGUUAUGAAUUGAACAAAAAAUCUGAUGUAUAUAGUAUUGGAGUUUUAUUGUGGCAAAUUUCAAGCGGAAAACAACCAUUUUCUGAUCAUAAGUAUGACAAUGCUGGAAAUAUGAACCAGACGAGCGUCCUAUUAUGCAAGAAGUUGUUUUAG